GUAUACAUUUAGCAAAAUCUGCGACGUGAAGUCGACGGUAGGGUACACGGUGAUUCCAUACACCGUCGCCCUAUUUGCAUCGGCCAUCUGGCUGUAUUACGGUGCCAUUAGAUCAUACGCAAUCACGUUAGUUAUCAUUAACAGCACUGGCUGCAUUAUCGAGAUGGCGUACGUCGUCAUAUUUUUCUACUACUGGGCAAUUUUUACUAUCACUGUCUCGGGUAUUCUAUUUGGAAUAUUUUGCACUAUCGCCUUUGUCACGUAUUUUACGAGAAAGGUUAGAGCUGUUAGGACACGUAGUGUGCAGGGUAUACCCCUAACAGCUAAUGCUGUCAUUUGGGACAUCUAUGGCUUUGCCAAAGGAGAUCCCAAUAUCAAGGUUAGAGCUGUUAGGACACACAGUGUGUACGGUAUACCUAUCACACUGACGUGCGUCCUAACAGGUAAUGCUGUCAUUUGGGGCAUCUAUGGUUUUGCCAAAGGAGAUGCCAAUACCUGGGUUAGAGCUGUUAGGACACACAGUGUGUACGGUAUACCUAUCACACUGACGUGCGUCCUAACAGGUAAUGCUGUCAUUUGGGGCAUCUAUGGUUUUGCCAAAGGAGAUGCCAAUACCUGG